CCAUUCUGCUUCCAUGCCCUAUCCACGCCUUCAAGCCGCUGGAUCUCAUUCGUUGAACCCAGGCAUCUUCGCACGUCAAAGGCGCACCCAGGGAGAGCAGGCGGUGCGAAUGUCGGGGUCGCUUAACUCUGGACCUUGCGCACCGCCGUCGGCUUCAAGCGCCACGAAGCCUUGCUCGCCAUGUCGCCGCCUCAGGCAGCGUACUUCACGUAUCGCCACCAGCCCCUCAAGGCCCUCUACAUCGUCUACGCCGCCCUCGUCCUGUUCCUCGUCCGCACGCCGUACUGGGCCGUCACGAACCUCCUCCCAGCAUGGCGCCCGAGGAGGUCCUGGCCCCUUUCCCGCGUCCUCAAGGUCAACACCAUCCGUGAGGUCCUCCGAAUCUCCUUCCAGACCUCCAUCGGCAUCUUCCUGGCCGACUCAAAGCAGCUCGCAAAGUCCGUCGGCUUCGUGUGGAUCGAGCCCGACCCGACGCUCAUUGGCGGCGAGAUCAAGGCGGCGGCGAAGAUCAACGACGUAGAGCCCGCCCGCAUCGGCGGAGUGUGGUACGGCCAGAGGGGCCCUGACGGGCGGGUCGGCCAGCGGGCGGGGCCGGACGAAAGAGUCAUUUUUGAACUGCAUGGCGGUGGAUGGGUGAUCGGGAACGCGACGCGGAGCUGGGACAGCGCGUACAUGUGCGACGAGAUGCUCAAGUACGCGGACGGGUACGCGCGGGCGCUGCAGAUCGAGUACAGGCUGGCGCAGACGGCGCCGUUCCCAGCGAAGAACGGGUUCCCCGCGGCGCUCAUCGACGCGAUCGCGGGCUACAACUACCUCGUGAACGUCGUCGGCUUCAAGCCCGCCAACAUCCUCGUCUCGGGCGAGUCCGCGGGCGGCACCCUCGCGUUCGCCCUCACGCGGUACCUCGUCCAGAGCCGCUUGCCCAUGCUCCCGCCGCCGGGAGCGCUGUUCCUGCUGUCGCCGUCGGGCGACUUCGGGCGGACGUACGUCGGCGCGGGGUCAUCGGUGGAGAAGAACAACGACUCGGACUACGUGCAGUGGUUCUUCAAGGGCUACGGGGUGCGGGCGCUGCUGGGGAACAUGUCGCUGGAGGAGGCCUUCACAAAUUCGUGGAUCUCGCCGGCCGGGGCCCGCGUGCCGCGUGUUGCAGGCGAGUUUGCGGGAAUGCCGCCGACGCUGAUCAUGGCCGGGGGUGCGGAGUACACGCUGGACGAGCAGAAGGUGCUGCGGGACCGGCUGGUGGAGGACAACGGGAGGGACGCGGUGGCGUAUGUCGAGCUGCCGGAUACGACGCAUAUCGUGCUAACGGAGGCGUGGCACGAGCCCGAGCGCACCCAAGGCUACGAGGCGUUCGCGCGCUGGGUGGACGGGUUGGCGGCUCAGAAAUGAUGCUUGGUCUGAGUGGUCUUCGUCAAUGGCACUGACUCGGAGUCGUCGCUUUCUUUUGGGCAAGAUCUCUCUGUACGCGAUACGUUGUGCAUUCGGCCGCUGCCCUGUGGAGCAACGUUGUGCGUCGCGCAAGCCGUCAAAUAUACAUCCGCUUUAAUUGGCCCGCUUCACGCGCACGCCCGCCCUCGUCCACGCAGUCGUUCUAGCGCAGGUCCAAUUUGAAGCGUAGACGAAAUAUUGUAGCGCGGUCAAGACUGGCACUGGUACUUACCCAGGGUGGAUAUGCUGACUAAUGCUCGGUGACUCUCAUGACAUUCAACCAGAUUAAUACCGGCUCGGCUUGAUGUCACUAUGUACGGGAAUUGAAAUUUGUAGCAAUCGCGGCGUUGGUUUCCC